UGCUGCUGGGGAAUUGGUUAGUGCAGUGGUGCUGAUCUCUGUCCAUGAGAGACCACAAGCCGCUGAAACGCUUCCCCUGCACCAAAUCACUAUAGCUAUUCCACUCGUACGUCAAGUUCCAGGUAGUUGAAGAGUUUGCAAAGUAAAAGAAAAGUUGGAGGCAAAGACAAACCAAUAAAGCGGCUCCACCAUGUCUCUGGCUGUGAAGGAAAGAAACCAGGUUCGCCUGGUCUUCCUCGGGGCGGCUGGGGUGGGGAAGACUUCUCUGAUCCGGAGAUUUUUGCUCGGCACCUUCGAGUCGAAAUACAAAAGGACGGUGGACGAGCUUCACAGCAAAGAGUACGACUUGGGGUCCAUGAAGGUCAGGAUCGAGAUCAUGGACACCAGCGGCAGCUACUCAUUCCCGGCCAUGAGGAAGCUGUCCAUCCAGAGCAGCGACGCUUUCGCCCUGGUCUAUGCCGUAGACGACGCCGAGUCCUUCGAAGCGGUGAAAAGCCUUCGGGAGGAGAUCCUCGACAUCAAGGAAGACAAGUACACGCCGAUUGUAGUGAUCGGCAACAAGGCGGACAACCUGAGCGACAGGCAAGUGUCCAGUGAGGAGAUCAUGUCCUUGGUGGAGCUGGAAUGGAAUAACCGCUACUUGGAAUCCUCGGCCAAAGACAACGCCAACGUGCUGGAAGUUUUCCGAGAGCUCCUGCGGCAGGCCAACUUACCGAGCCGCCUGAGCCCGGCCCUGAGGAGGAGGCGAGAAACUUUCCCCACGGAGAACCAUGCCCGACCUCCCAUGAACAAAACCAAUAGCUGCAGCAUCUCCUAAACACCCGGCUUCCCAAUGGACAGACUUUUCAGUUCGAUUGAUCCGAUCAAAAUUCCACCAUACAUAGUACAUAUAUAACCGUUCACCUUCACUGGAGUUUAAAACCAGACCGAAUGGAUCCAGGUUUGGAAAAACGAGUCUCCAAACUGGAGAAAAUUGUGCAACUGAACUUGUUACGGUGCUAAAAAUACAACGGGAGCAUUCGGUACGUAUCUCGGAAAAAAAUAAUCUGUUACUAUUGAUUAAGCUGGAUUUUGCUUUGGUUUUAUUUUGAAGAUGGUGAUAUUUAUUCAUUAAACUGAACAAUUGAUGCGUGCGUUUAAGGCAAACCCCAUAACAGGUUAGAUGUCAGCCUGUUGUGUAGUAUCAGCAUUGAUCUAAGUUUCACAUAGAGUUUGUAACAUGCCGUGCAGCCUGGGAACUUUGUUUACAGAGUUUAAACCACCACCGUUAUUUGUUAAUUAAGGAGUUGACAUUUAUUUGCACUUCUAUGUUAGUAGAUUUUGUCAUUAUACAGUUACUGAAAAUACAUACUCUUUUGUAUAUUUAUUUU